AAGUACAAAGCUACACAAUAUGAAGUCUGUAGCGAAAAUAAGUCGAUAAUAACCACUAAAUUACCCCAUAAACACGGAGUAUUUAUACACCAAUAUUGAGCAGGGCUUAACAGGCCUAAUGAACCUUGCAAGCCAGUCUCCUGAUCCCCCAUCCGAUCUACUAUUCGUGAAUUUUAACCAGGAUUGCACGUCUUUAGCUGUUGGGACAAAAACUGGGUACAAGUUAUUCUCCCUCAGUUCUAUCGAGAAGUUAGAUGCGAUUUAUGACAAUGAUAGUGAAGACAUAAACACUGUGGAGAGGCUGUUCUCCAGUAGUCUUGUGGCUAUAGUCAGCCUCUCGUCGCCGAGAAAAUUGAAAGUGUGUCACUUCAAGAAAGGCACAGAAAUAUGCAAUUACAGUUAUUCCAACACCAUCCUCGCAGUUCGGUUGAACCGACUGCGAUUGGUGGUGUGUCUAGAGGAGAGCCUCUACAUUCACAACAUUCGUGACAUGAAAGUCUUGCACACCAUCCGAGAUACACCCCCUAAUCCGCCUGGACUAUGCGCCCUAUCCACGAAUAAUGACAACUGCUAUUUGGCUUACCCUGGAAGCAAUCAGAUUGGUGAAGUGCAAGUAUUUGAUGCGGUCAACCUGCGGGCAGUUGCCAUGAUCCCUGCUCAUGACAACCCCUUAGCAGCAAUGGCUUUUAAUAUGAAGGGAACAAUGAUAGCUACAGCAUCAGAAAAGGGUACUGUGAUAAGAGUGUUCUCUGUACCAGAGGGUCAAAAGUUGUUUGAGUUUAGAAGAGGAGUAAAAAGAUGUGCACAAAUCUACUCGCUAGCAUUUAGUAGUGAUUCUCAAUUCCUGUGUGCCUCAAGUAACACGGAGACAGUGCAUAUAUUCAAAUUGGAAGUGCCCAAAGAAAGCAGGACUUCAGAGGAGCCUCAGGGUUGGAUGGGCUACUUCAAUCAAGCCCUUAAGUCGUCUGCCAGUUAUUUACCUAGUCAGGUAUCUGAUAUGCUGAACCAAGACCGAGCGUUUUCUACUGCUAGGCUACCAGGAUCAGGCUUGAAAAAUGUCUGUUCUCUAGCCAUGAUUCAAAAAGUUCCACGGCUGCUGGUGGCAUCGCAGGAUGGCUAUUUAUAUGUUUACAAUGUGGAUCCAGGGGAUGGGGGAGAGUGCACAUUGGUCAAACAACACAGGUUGGAUGGAAGACAAGACGUACCUGCAACUGAACCGAACCCAUCCCAUGACAAACCACUAACUGCUGGUACAAGCUACGCUGCAACGGUCAAACGUCCUGACGCUAGUCCCAGCCAUCAGGGCACACCACCAGGUAAGCAGUCCCCUAGCUUAUCCCACAGGAGUGGCCACACCUAUGCUGCAGCACUUAGGCACGGAGAGGAGCAGGGUCCGCAGAGUGACCCUUGGGAGGACGUUUUUACAGAAUCUCAGCCAUAUGAAGAUGUGGAUGACAUUGUGGGGGCCGAGGCGACAGCAAAUCUACGAUUAGACGACGAUAAUGAGUUUCCCCCAAUGACACACGAGAACGACUGAACCUUAUCUCUACUUAAACAAUGAUUUGGGAUGCAAUCAAGAACUACGUUGCUUAUUCUUGGAAUUUGGAUACGUUUGGUGAAAAUAUAAAUGGACAUAGCUAAAAAAACUUUGAAUGAUUUCUGGACUUAAAACUUGUGAGAAUUCUUUCAAAGUCAGAAUAUCCAAAAUUAUCUGCUUUCGGAUAUUGACUAGUGUGCCGAUUAUUUGGCAGUUGAUGGUGAUUGAUAUAUGGUUAUAAUUCAGGAGAUUAUUAUUAGGUGUUAAGUCUAUCUUCAAUUACUGACUUUUAUUUGAAGAAUUUGAAUUCCUGGAAACCAAGAAGUGUCAGGAUGACUUUUUUUAUAUCAAAAUAAGAGUGGAGUUUGAAUUUGCUUGAUUUUUUUCUCAAUGAAAAAUGAAGUUGUUGGUGCUUCUCCCUCAAAUGUUUGUGCGUAAUGUGAGUGUGAACCAUAACUGACUGUCAUUAUUCUUAUCAAUACCAUCAUAUUUUCUUCAUGUUGUACGCGUAAGUUCAUGGGACAUUUUUCAUAAUAUAUUAUAAAAGCAAAACUUUGCACAAAUCAGACAUGAUUAAAUUACAUACAAUGAUGCAUAUAAUUUGUGUGUAAUUUAUAAAAUCUUUCAUUGACCCUUUGAUAAAUUUAAUACAAACCUGAAAUCAUCUUCGAAUCACAGCACCAUGAUGUGUAAGAUGUGUGUAAAAAUAUAUGUUGUGAUCUGCAGUGUCAUGAAUGGCCAGACUGAUAGGUUUGCUUUAUGGCCGGACUGAUGGGCUCAUUUUAUGGCCGGACCGAUGAGCUUGUUUUAUGGCUAGACUUAUAGGGUCGUUUAUUGCCGGAUUGAUGGCCUUGCUUUGUGGGCAUAAUCAAGUACUUCAGGACUCUUGACAUAAUCGGUGUGCACAUAUCUUUUAUAUUGCAAUUCCUGUAUAUUUUUUGUUGAUAUUGUGUACAGUCAUCAGUUUGGUUGUCAGGGCGUCUCGAAAAAGAGCAUUCCAGUUCUCCUACGCCAGAAUCUUGCACUUAACUGCCACCUCAUUUACAAUGAUGGGCGCUCCUCUGCAGCGAUACCAGCAAUACCUUACUGUAGAUAAGAAAUAGCAGCGCCAGGGCUGAAAAUUGAAUAAUAAAAAGAGCAUCCUUGAUAUGUCAACGGAACAGCCAAUACGUAAUAUGGUGCGUAUAUUUUUAUCGUGAUUGUGUGGUUGAUGAUUCAAUACAACAGAGGUGACAUCAUUACGUAAUUUUGCAACUGGAUAUACCUACCUGUGUACCGUGUGCUUGCUGCUUCUAAUAAUGAAGAUAUUAUGUUCAGUACAUGUACUGGUUUAUGCAUGUUGGAAAUGUACCAAUCAUACCAAUCAGUUACGGGAAUGAAAUUGGGGGGAAAAACUACAAAAAAACAGAAAGUAUCAAAAAUAUUAUAUGCAUGGGGAAUGAAAAACUUCACCUUAUGAUCAGUACAGAUGGCUACUGAUAGAGAUGUUGUUACUAUAAUUUGUGUAAAAUCGUUGACACAGAUCCGGUAACGGUGAGAUGAUGGGCUAUUAUUUGUGUACAUGUUAAUCUGCUAAUGCCAAGAUGAUGGACUGCAGCGUGGUUGCAGCAGCAUGUUUUCAAAUACGAGUGGUUACCGGUUAGCCAGGGGGUAUACUGAUCGUAUUUGAACUUGCGCUACCGCAACCUGGCUGCAGCUUGUUGUUGUGACAGUGUAUUUCUUAGGCUAUAGGCAGAUAAACUAUUCAUUGGAGGGGUGGUGCAAGUUGGUGCAAAGAUGGCACCGGUAUAGUUAGUUUCUGUAAUAUUUCAUAAAUGGUCAUUUAGCAUCCAUCCAAAGGAGUACAGAAACAUUAGUGGAUAUCUCUGUGUAUUUGUACUGUCCUCUACACAGGAACUCUGAACUAUACACUCAGUGCCGGCCUUGAUGUAACUUGGGCUUCACCUCCAUUAUUAUCUGUUGCUGACCAGUCCAGUUGUCCGAGAACAAUCAACCUAAAGGAGAGUUGUCAGAAUGUCUGUCUGUGAAAGCUCUGGUCUCCAAUUUCAGAAAGUAAAAAUAUUAAUGGAAAUUAUUAAGACGCAAUCAAACUUUCUUACUGUGAAGUCAAGCUCAUGCAACUCUAAUUUUUUUGGCGAAAUUCUCUGUUUUCUGUGGAGCUUUCACCACAAAUGUUUCUGAUUAGACGUGUUGGCAUCUUUUGUUCAAGUUUUGAUGCCAGUUAUAUACAAGCUUCCAGUAUUUUCGUAAAAUACAACUGGCAUCUAAUAAUUCUUUGGGUUAGGUACUCUAUUAUUUGUACAUAUAUAAGCACACAUGUAUAGCAAGCAGAGCUAUUUAAAAUGCAUAUGUAAUUGUGUGAUAGGAGCAAUGUAAAAAAAUUAAAAUAAAUCCUAUAAAUGUACAUGA